AUGGCUCCGAAUCUCCGUUUUUCGUCCCAUGCGAGGUCGAAUAAUUCCCGUCCGUCCACUCCUGCCGACGCGCAAGCUGCAGCGAGCACAGCUUCUUCUUUUACUGAAUCUACACGACCCCGGAAACAGCGACGGACAGGUAGACACAGUCGUGUAGCUACUGACCCGCCGGACGAGACUCUUUCUCAGGAUCAGUCGCAGCAGGCACAGCCUGAGACAGAGAAUGUGAAUACUGUCAGUGCUUCGUAUGCAUUUGGGGAUGGUCCAGUUUGGGAAGAGCCUCCGGUCCGACCUCCGUUGCCGAGUUACGCAGACACGCCAUGGUCAGCAGUGUCGAGUGACCUGAACCCAGUGCUCGCAACCAUGCGUCCUCUAGGUGCUAUGCCGACUGCUGCCGACCUGCGUAAAGCCGGGCUGACACCGGCAAAGCCCAGUGCUCAGAACAUCCCUGCCAAGAACGAGCCGCAGGUCGCGUUGAACGGCGAGAGUGAUGACGGCAAGCUUCAAACCCCACUGACUCCAGCGGCCGAGCCAAUGCCUGAACCUGCGCCUCUGAAAGUUCGGCCUGAGGAUGAUCUACUGGCUUUUACGGCGAUUCCGGUCCCGGCGUCUACUAAAAUCAAUGUUGAGAAGAUCAAAGUCGCAGUUGAGAACGCCUUGACCAUGGCGUCAGAGACAGACAAUCGCCCAGUCAUUCGCGGAUUACUCCGUCUUUGGGAAAAAUGCGGAAAAGAUUCCUUCGCGCUAUCCGUGCUAGAGGGAAUUUGUGGGGAGAACCCUGGGCCUCGCGAGAGGUCUGCGUUCCAGUCGGUAAUGCGCGCUGCCUGGAAAGAAGUGCGGUCGGAGGUUGCAGAACCGGAGCCCACUCCAGCAACGACAAUGGCCCGCACUCGAUCUGCCAGCAGCGUUUCGUCGCUCUCAUCUGCGAAGUCCCUCGAUGUGGAAACCUUUGCUCCGGGAAUGGCACCUGGGGCAGUCAAUUCUCGCUCCCGGGCCAAGGGCAAACAAGCCAAAGCUGCGGCUCAAAAGGCCAAGGCAACCCUUGCGCCCCCGGCGCACCAUUCUUCUUUCCCUCUCAGCGAAGUAGUUCUCAAACGAAGGCGUGAGAUGGAAGAAAACUCUGAAUUCUCGGCGGAGUCGUUGAGGACGAAACGCACUCGCUUGCAGAGAUCGCUUCCGAGGCUUUCCGCUCCUGAAAGCAGGCUCCGCUCUUCGUUGACCUCUUUGCCCCCGUCCAAUGCCUCGACACCUGGUCCUACAGCGCUUAAUAGAUCUCAGAUAACUCCCAGUGAUGUUCUCCGAAACCGCGGAGUCCGGUCUGAGAGCUCCGCUAGCAGUGACGCUGGGGAUAAUAGACGCCUCACCCCUGUCCUAUCUAGUAGGGACGAACGCUCGGAAAACAACGAUUUCUGCCGGGAGUGCAACGGCAAUGGCCAGCUCCUAUGCUGCGAUGGAUGCGUGGACUCAUUUCAUUUUUCAUGUCUCAAUCCUCCCCUGGACCCUGCGAACCCCCCCGAAGGGGAUUGGUAUUGUCCAAAGUGCUCGGUUUCGAGGCCUAUGGGGGCCUUGCUUAACGCUUUCAACAAGACCCCCAGGAAGGACUUCGCUCUGCCCAGCAGGCUCCGAGAUUUCUUCACCGGGGUACGGACUGGCGAAGCUGGAAGGUACGAAGAGAUCGUACCACUUCCCAGACUCAAUCCUCGGGGUGGACGAGGAAACCGCACCGGCCUUUAUGACGACCCAUAUCUCCUGAGAACCAUGGAUUCAAAGGGAAACCUCAUUUUCUGCACAGCUUGUGGACGCACUAGUAACGGUCGCCGGCCCAUCAUUCAGUGCGAUUUCUGUCCCUGCGCAUUCCAUAUGGAUUGUGUUGACCCCCCUCUGGCCAAUCCACCUAACCAACGACCUGGCAGCGACCGCCCCUACUAUAACUGGAUGUGCCCCAACCACGUUCAUCAUGAUCUAUCUUACGUUGUCCAGGACGAAGAAGGUUACGACACCGUGAAACGUAUUCGCCGGCCCAAAAACCCUCGCUUAAUUGAUGUGGAGGUCCUCCCCGACGAAGAUGAAUUCGAGCGGAUCGAGGACCAGGAAUCUGAAGGCAUCCUGUACCGUGUCUCAGAGAAAGGUCUUAAACUCGAUUUCGUAAAGCGUGUCAGACGAGAAAACGAGGAAAUAGCCAUGAAAAAAGCGGCAGCGGACAGAUAUUUUGAAUACGCUAGCGCCAAAUUUGACGAACUGACAGCCCAGGCCCACGCCUUUUAUUCAUCGCAACAGCUGGCUGUGGCAGAAGAGGAUACAACAACGGCAAUCCUGAACUCGCGGACGGUGGCUGAUCGGGAGGCUGCCGUGAACCUGAUGGAGUUUGCUCAGAAUCACCGGAUUAGCACGGCGAUCGAAAACGGCCGAAUCUCCCUCCUGAUUGAUCAACUGAGGGCCAACGCUCCAAACAAUCUCCCUACGGCGGAGACGGAGCUUGAAUCAUUGCGCUCUUUACAGUUGAUUAUUGACCAGCGUAUCCAGAUGCUGACCUCUCAGUCACCAUUGAAUACACAGCCUGCCAGCAUAGUUCAGUGUGUGAAUAUGGAGCCUGCGAACGAUGCUCAGGAUACAUAA